AUGCCUUCUGCUGAAUCAUCGUCACCUUCCUCCGAAACCAUUUGCGUCACCGGCGCUGGUGGCUUCAUCGCUUCUUGGAUGGUCAAACUUCUCUUGGAGAAAGGCUACAGUGUGAGAGGAACCCUCAGAAACCCAGAUGAUCCCAAAAACGGACACUUGAAAGAGUUUGAAGGAGCCUCCGAAAGACUAACUCUGCAUAAGGUUGACCUCCUUGACCUUCACUCCGUCAGAUCAGUCAUUCACGGCUGUGAUGGCGUCUUUCACACGGCUUCUCCCGUCACCGACAAUCCCGAAGAAAUGGUGGAGCCAGCGGUGAAUGGAGCGAAGAAUGUGAUCAUAGCAGCAGCAGAGGCUAAAGUGCGACGUGUGGUGUUCACCUCAUCAAUUGGUGCCGUCUAUAUGGACCCCAAAAGAAGCAUCGAUUUGGUUGUUGACGAGUCUUGUUGGAGUGAUUUAGAAUAUUGCAAGAACACCAAGAAUUGGUAUUGCUAUGGGAAGGCCGUGGCUGAACAAGCAGCAUGGGACACGGCAAAAGAGCAGGGGGUGGACUUGGUUGUAGUGAAUCCAGUAUUGGUUCUUGGACCAUUACUGCAACCAACCAUCAAUGCUAGCACAAUUCACAUCCUCAAGUACCUCACUGGCUCUGCUAAGACCUAUGCAAAUGCCACCCAGGCUUAUGUGCAUGUGAGGGAUGUGGCAUUGGCCCAUAUACUUGUUUACGAGAAGCCUUCUGCUUCUGGUCGAUAUUUAUGUGCUGAAAGCUCCCUGCACCGUGGAGAACUAGUUGAAAUUCUGGCCAAGUAUUUCCCCGAGUACCCAGUUCCCACCAAGUGUUCUGAUGAAAAGAAUCCCAGAGCAAAACCCUACACCUUUUCGAAUCAGAAGCUGAAAGAUUUGGGAUUGGAAUUUACUCCAGUUAGUCAGUGUCUAUAUGAAACGGUUAAGAGCCUGCAGGAGAAAGGCCACCUUCCUGUUCCUGCAAAGCAGGAAGAUUCAACUACAGUGAAAUCCUAA